AUGUUGAGUCCACGAAGGUUCAUUCUAGUCGUCACCAUUCUUGGACUCUUAGGUCAUAACCUCACACAUGUUCUGAAUAGCCCACACCGUAUUCUCUUGGACACAGAUGUCGACACAGACGAUUUCAUCGCUCUCUUGUACCUCUUGAAGCUCAACAAAACAGAAUUCGAUCUAGUCGGGAUCACAUUAAGUGCCAAUUCUUGGACAAACGCAGGACAUGGAGUGAAUCAUAUAUACGACAUUCUUUACAUGAUGGGUCGUGACGAUAUCACCGUUGGUGUUGGAGGAGAAGGUGGGAUUCUCGAAGAUGGUACUAUUCUUCCUGACGUCGGUGAUUAUCUUCCGAUCAUCGAACAGGGGAUGACAACAGCAGGAGGAUGCAGAUACAGACAAUCCAUUCCAAAAGGUCGUAUACAAAAGAUUGACUCCAAUUAUGGAUUUCGUAAACAUUUUCUUCCUCAGGGGAACCGAAGAUACACUCCUCUCGAGCAACCAACGGCACAAAAAGUAAUCGUCGACAAAGUUUCUGAAGGUCCAAUCAGCAUCUUCGUGAUCGGUUCUCACACCAAUCUAGCUCUCUUCAUGAUGUCAAAUCCUCACCUCAAACAUAACAUCCAACACAUUUACGUUAUGGGUGGUAGUGUACGCUGUCAAAACCCUAACGGAUUCUGCGGAAACUUGUUCACAGAUUAUACAAGUAAUCCUUACGCUGAAUUCAACAUCUUCACCGAUCCUUUUGCUGCUUACCAGGUGUUCCGAUUACUAUGGUUCCUUUAG